AAACCAACAUCCCUAUUUCGACGCCAAAUGUUAGCGCGAAAAUUGUACUAAUUUCUGCAAAUGCACAGUGUUAUUUCAUCAAAAUGAAUUCGCAGCUAAUUUACCACAAUGUACCAACACCACCGGCAACCAACACACCGCUGGCAGUUGCGGCACCAGACGGCGGCUUCCUUUAUGCCGGCAUACGCAGCAUAAACUACAUAUCGGCGGAACCGGCAAACUCCUCGGAGAAGUCGCAAGUUAAAAUCAUGUCCACGCGCUUCAACAUAAUUGCACUGGAUGUCAGUCCGAUGUGGGGCAAGCGGAGCCAGCCAUUUGCCAUAGUUGGCGACGAUCUGAGUGUGCAAGUCUGGGACUGCAUAAUGGGCGGGGCUGUCACCGGACACAAGGCGCAUCAACAUCAGCACGAGGCACGCAAUUUCAGGGGAAACCGUUCCUCUGAAGCGUCUGUGCUAAUGAGCUACAUGAGCAACGGCAACAUUCUUUCGAUAGAUGCCAGCGAUUUGGUUAUCUACUGUGUGGCCUCGAACACUUAUUGCCGUCGCCCCACAUUCAUCCCGUCGCGCAUUCACCACUUCGUAGUCCUGCGCUGCUCUCCCUACAACGACAACAUAUUUGCCUUGGGCACGACCUCGGGAGUUGUGCUGGUUUGUGACCUGCUCAAGAUGAGCAUCCUUUACAAGUUCAAUGGCCACAAGCACUGCAUCAAUGGACUGGCAUGGCGGCAAGUAUCCCUUCCCUAUGAGGAGGAACAUCUGAAUCUCGACGCGUUGUCCUCGCAAGCUGAGCAGUGGCGCAGUCGCAAAGAAGAAGAGGUAGCCGAAGCCAAAGUCGAGGACGUAGCCAAAGCCGAAGCUGCAUCCAAAGCAAAACCCAAACCCCCUCCGCUGGUCAAGUCCAAGCCAGCCGAAUCUGAUGAUCCGUUUGACAUUUACAACUUUGAUCAUCUGGAAUGCGAAUUCGGGGCCCCAGUCGACACUCGUCGAUGCCAGUCAUCCGACGAUUGCGGCGACGACUUUGUUGGCCUGGAGAAGCCGGCAGGAGCCGUUGCUCUGGAUUUCGUAGAGGCCUGUGAGAGCAUUAAGGCGGAUAUUAUGGCCCAUCGAUCGGAGGCAACUGGUGGUGAAUCUGGCUACCAGCAUGUGGAGGUGACCUUGGCCGACUGCCAGCCCACGAAGCCAACUGGUCCCCUUAGCGAUGCCAGCACGCUUAGCAACAAUCAAGAGGCCGCCCUGCCCAGCGAUUCCACCGAAGGCAGCCUGGAGGUGAUCCAAUACAGCUCCUCCAGCGACGACGCCGUGAUUGUCGAUGGCGAUGCAGCCAAGCCGAAGAGAGAAGUGCUCCAUCACAUCUACCACCGGGCCGAAGUGCACGCUCCCGAGACACCGCAAAUUCAAAUGAAUCCCGAGCCCGACUCGAAAAUUGCAUUGGUUGAGGAGAGCAGCACCGAGUCGAUCAUUUCGAUAAACUCCUCUAUACGCCCAGACAUACUCCUCGUCUCCAUUGACACCGAAGAGGUGUUGAUGAUCUGGAAUACGAACACGGGCGCCCAUGCCGGCAAGAACUACAGUCGCAGCAAGUCAACAGAUCAGGUUUGCAGUGUCCUGUGGCUAAAUGAUCGCACCAUUGUCUCCCUGGGUCGGCACCAGUUGUCCUUCUGGUCGCUGGUGUACGACCGUAAAGUGCUUCGCUACAAGAUCAGCAAGGACAACGCACACAAGUGCGCCACAAAGGACAUACUGUCCGUUGCCAGUAAUUGCGGCAAACAGCAGCUUUGGGUGUGCAAAACCAAUCGCACAACUGAACUAAUGGAUCCCCUCACUGGCCUCACCAUCUCCAACUACAGCUCAUUGGUGUUUGGAGUGCGGGCCAUGGUCGAGUGUCCGGAUGAUAUGAACAAAAUCGCUCUGGGAUGUUCGGACCGUCGCGUGGCUUUCUUUGAUCUGUCUAAACUGGCGACAAACGGCGCUGCCAUCAACAGUCUAUUUGUUGGCAGCAAUGUCUACUCCCUGGCUUGGAGUCCCGACUGCUUGCAACUUGCCUGCGGCACCUUCGAUGGAACAGUGGUGAUUCUCGACGUGGAGAGCAUGAGGGUGAAGAGGACCAUUCAAGGACCCCAGAAGAAAGAAGUAUACAGUUUGGUGUGGCAGGAAAACUACAUCUACUUCGUGGUGAACCGCAAGCUGUGCCUCUUCGAUGUGACCAAGCCCAAUGCCGGAGCAACUGCUCUAAACCUAAUGGAACGCACGUGCUUGGUGAGCGUUCGUGGACCUUUCCUGUUUUUGGGCUCCGAUGACGGCGUACUGCAGCUGCACGAACGCACGCCCGAAGGGAAGCCCAGCUGGGGCCCAGCUCUACGCCAGUCUGCACUGCUGUCUCGGUAUAUUACGGACGUUGCCUGGAAUCCGUUGCAGAGCAAUGUGUUUGCUGUUGUGGGCCACGACAAGUAUGUCAUAAUAAUGGAAUUUCUGGAGGCGGAGCGCAACUGGAAGACACUCAAUACGUUCACGGCCAGCGACCCAAGGGGCUCGAUCACCUCGCUGAAGUGGAGCAACUGUCAGAAAAACCUUUUGCUGAGCUUCCACAUUGAGGGAAAGGUGUGCGUGUGGGACACUCUGGAUUCGAAGAAGGCGCCUCUGACCAUCACCUAUCACUGCCCCAUGUGGUGCGGCAUGUUCUUGCCCUCCGAUGAGAACAUCGUGAUGUGCUCGGGCAAAGCGGUCUCCCUGGAACUUAUCAAUAUCAAAGUAGCCUUGGUUGGAGACGAGAGAAACAUUUGCUCCAAAGUGGAUGGAUUGCUCAAUGUCAAGUGGGCCACGAAAUCCCUGGUGCAUCCGUAUGCACCGCCCACCAACGCAGAGGUGAAGAAAAUUAGGCACAACGAAAGACGCAAGCAUCGCAGGGGAGGGGCACGUAAGGGUCAGGAGAUGGUGGCGAUCCAGAAUAAUGAGGCGCUGAAUGACGGCCAAAAAGUAGAAGAAAUGUUCGGUGCUCUGAGCUUGGAUCAGAAGAAACCAGAGCCAGGCCAGAGCACAGCCGAGUGCAGCAAGUGCAAGGAGAAUGUGGCUGCUAGCCAACCUCCCGAGAGUGUCGCAACCAAUACCCGCACCUGCCUCUACCUAGCUCACAAGGAUCUCAACAAGAACGCCCUGGGAAAGCUGGCCAUUGUACUGACCGAAGAUGCGGAGAAGAUUGACAAGUCCGUGCUCCUGUCGAAACUGUUUGGCACCAAGGCGAUGGCCAAGGAGCUCAUUGAAACGGAGCUGACCAAUUUGAAGCACUCCAAUUCGAAGGAUAUUGCACCACUGUGCCUGACCAUUUCCACAUUUAAACUGCGCGAGGAGUUGGAGGAUCACAUUGCCAACAAGACACUCACGGAGGGUCAUCUGGCUGUGGCCCCCUCUGUGUCCUAUGUGUUUUGGCGAGAAUGUUGCGAAGCGUAUGCCAAGCAGAUGGAGGAGAAGGGCUACAUCAUGCAUGCGGCCACGUACCGCUUUAGCUUGGGUCAGCACAGGGAGGCCAUCGAUCUGCUGUUGGCCCACGAGUAUUUCAAGGAGGCCCUAGUCCACGCUCGCAUUAGCCUACCGGCCACCGACCCCAAGAUAAAAAUCAUCAUCAAUCAGUGGUUGGAGCGACUGGAGAGGACGGGAAACUUUGGAGCGGCUGCUCUCAUAUGCGUGCUGGACAACGAGAUGAUGCGUGGGUACACCUAUCUGCGCAAGUUCCACAAUUGCACGCCCGAGAUAGCCGAUCUAAUGGCCCAGAUCAAACGUAUCGGCCAGCUGAGCGACGCGCUCGACUGCUGUGCACCCGGCGAGCCAGCAGCUUUGAAUGGAGAAGCUAGCGACCACGUUGCUUAAUUGAUAUUUAGUUAUUUUCAAACAUAGAAAAGGCUGUAAGCAUUUAUGCAUUUCAUAGCAAGUCAGAGAGUAGAGCUGCGCGCCUUGAAUGAAAUAUUUGAUUUAAUCAACGAAGAAAAGAAAAGCAAAAGGAAUGCACAAUAGUUAGAGAAAACACGAAAA